UGCGCAUCUGAGGUGACAGUUGUAAAUAAAAACAGCAGUAGGAAAAGUUGCGCUUCAGCAAUCUGUUCGUGGCCGUCAAAAUGGCCGCUAACGACAGUAAAGCGCCUCUUAGAUAUGUUAAGCGGGUACAAUUUGGUAUCCUCAGUCCAGAUGAAAUACGACGUAUGUCGGUCACGGAGGGUGGCAUCCGUUUCCCAGAGACUAUGGAAGCGGGCCGUCCAAAGCUCGGCGGUCUUAUGGACCCCCGACAAGGAGUAAUCGAUAGAAAUUCCAGAUGUCAAACUUGUGCGGGCAACAUGACGGAAUGUCCUGGACAUUUCGGACACAUUGACCUAGCCAAGCCUGUUUUUCACGUCGGGUUUAUAACGAAAACUAUUAAAAUAUUAAGAUGUGUAUGCUUCUACUGUAGUAAAUUGUUAGUUAGUCCUAAUAAUCCUAAAAUUAAAGAAGUCGUUAUGAAGUCAAAAGGUCAGCCUAGGAAACGAUUGGCUUUUGUGUACGACCUGUGCAAAGGUAAAAAUAUAUGUGAGGGUGGUGACGAAAUGGACGUUGGGAAAGAAGGCGAAGAUCCAGGUAAGCGACAAGGACACGGUGGAUGCGGUCGUUACCAACCAAAUAUACGUAGAACUGGUCUUGAUUUGACUGCAGAAUGGAAGCAUGUGAAUGAAGACUCGCAAGAGAAAAAGAUACCACUAUCAGCAGAAAGAGUUUGGGAAAUUUUAAAACACAUUACAGAUGAAGAAUGCUUUAUAUUGGGUAUGGAUCCCAAAUUUGCAAGACCCGACUGGAUGAUCGUUACAGUUCUCCCCGUACCACCACUUCCAGUUCGUCCCGCGGUAGUCAUGUAUGGUUCUGCAAAAAAUCAAGACGAUUUGACCCAUAAACUAGCAGAUAUAAUAAAAUCCAAUAAUGAGUUACAAAGGAAUGAGUCGACUGGUGCACCUGCCCAUGUCAUAUCCGAAAAUAUAAAAAUGUUACAGUUUCAUGUGGCGACCUUGGUUGAUAACGAUAUGCCCGGUAUGCCAAGAGCGAUGCAAAAAUCAGGAAAACCUCUGAAAGCAUUAAAGGCGCGCUUAAAGGGCAAGGAAGGUAGAAUUCGUGGUAAUCUUAUGGGCAAACGUGUUGAUUUCUCAGCACGAACUGUAAUUACGCCCGAUCCAAAUUUGAGAAUCGAUCAAGUUGGUAUACCGAGGAGUAUUGCCCAGAAUCUUACAUUUCCCGAAAUUGUAACCCCUUUUAAUUUUGACAAAAUGUUGGAGUUAGUCCAGCGAGGAAACUCUCAAUAUCCUGGUGCAAAGUAUAUUGUUAGAGAUAAUGGGGAAAGAAUCGAUUUACGUUUUCAUCCAAAACCGUCCGAUUUGCAUCUGCAGUGUGGCUAUAAAGUGGAACGGCAUAUUCGCGAUGGCGAUCUUGUAAUAUUCAAUCGACAGCCUACUUUGCACAAGAUGAGUAUGAUGGGUCAUAGAGUUAAAGUCUUGCCAUGGUCAACAUUUCGAAUGAACCUAAGUUGUACUUCACCUUAUAACGCCGAUUUUGAUGGGGACGAAAUGAAUUUGCAUGUUCCUCAAAGUAUGGAAACAAGAGCCGAAGUGGAGAAUCUGCACAUCACUCCUCGACAAAUUAUAACACCACAAGCAAAUAAGCCGGUUAUGGGUAUUGUACAGGACACCCUCACUGCAAUUCGUAAAAUGACAAAACGAGACGUUUUUAUUAAUAAAGAACAAAUGAUGAAUCUUCUCAUGUUCCUGCCAAUUUGGGAUGGAAAGAUGCCACGACCGGCUAUUUUGAAACCACAACCAUUGUGGACCGGUAAACAGAUAUUUUCGCUAAUUAUUCCUGGAAAUGUAAAUAUGAUACGAACUCAUUCGACACAUCCUGAUGAGGAAGAUGAUGGCCCAUACAAGUGGAUAUCACCUGGGGAUACCAAGGUAAUGGUCGAACACGGGGAGUUGGUCAUGGGAAUUUUAUGCAAAAAAACCUUGGGUACUUCGGCAGGGUCUUUAUUGCAUAUUUGUAUGUUAGAAUUGGGCCAUGAAGUAUGCGGAAGAUUCUAUGGUAACAUUCAGACUGUUGUAAAUAACUGGCUGUUAUUAGAAGGGCACAGUAUUGGUAUUGGUGAUACCAUUGCGGAUCCUCAAACAUAUUUGGAAAUUCAAAAGGCAAUCAAGAAAGCCAAGGAAGAUGUAAUAGAAGUCAUCCAAAAAGCUCACAAUAUGGAGUUAGAACCUACCCCCGGUAAUACCUUGCGACAGACUUUCGAGAAUCAAGUAAAUAGGAUAUUGAACGACGCUCGUGACAAAACUGGCGGUUCUGCUAAGAAAUCCCUAACUGAAUACAACAACUUAAAAGCUAUGGUGGUGGCUGGAUCCAAAGGAUCGAAUAUUAACAUUUCUCAGGUUAUUGCCUGUGUGGGACAGCAAAACGUAGAAGGAAAACGUAUUCCUUUCGGUUUUCGAAAACGUACCCUUCCGCAUUUCAUCAAAGACGAUUACGGUCCUGAGUCUCGAGGGUUCGUGGAAAAUUCGUAUCUUGCCGGUUUGACGCCGUCAGAGUUUUAUUUUCACGCUAUGGGAGGUCGUGAGGGUCUUAUCGAUACUGCCGUAAAAACUGCAGAAACCGGAUAUAUUCAACGUCGUCUCAUUAAAGCUAUGGAGUCUGUAAUGGUGCAUUACGAUGGUACUGUUCGUAAUUCAGUAGGUCAGCUAAUUCAGUUGAGAUAUGGAGAAGACGGUUUGUGUGGAGAAAUGGUCGAAUUUCAGACUUUACCCACUGUCAAAUUGAGUAAUAAGGCAUUUGAAAGGAAAUUUAGAUUUGAUCCUAGCAAUGAGAGGUAUUUACGGAGAAUUUUCAACGAGGAUGUCAGCAGACAACUCAUGGGAUCUGGUGAGGUUAUUUCCGAGUUGGAAAGGGAGUGGGAGCAGCUUCAGAAGGAUCGCGAAGCGUUGAGACAAAUCUUCCCUAGUGGCGAGUCUAAGGUUGUACUGCCCUGCAAUUUGCAAAGAAUGAUUUGGAACGUUCAAAAAAUCUUCCACAUUAACAAAAGGGCUCCGACGGAUCUUUCACCUUUACGUGUCAUACAAGGUGUUCGAGAGUUAUUGCAGAAGUGUAUUAUAGUCGCCGGAGACGAUCGUCUAUCUAAACAAGCUAACGAAAAUGCCACUUUACUAUUCCAAUGUUUAGUGCGCUCUACGUUGUGUACAAAAUGUGUUUCGGAAGAGUUCAGAUUAAGCACGGAAGCAUUUGAAUGGUUAAUUGGUGAAAUCGAGACUCGAUUCCAACAAGCACAGGCGAACCCUGGAGAAAUGGUCGGUGCGUUGGCCGCGCAGUCUUUAGGAGAACCUGCCACUCAGAUGACCUUGAAUACUUUCCAUUUUGCUGGAGUAUCUUCCAAGAACGUAACCCUUGGUGUACCUCGACUGAAAGAAAUUAUCAACAUUUCGAAGAAACCCAAAGCUCCAUCUUUAACUGUCUUCCUAACUGGAGUCGCUGCACGUGAUGCAGAAAAGGCAAAGAACGUACUGUGUCGAUUGGAACACACCACCCUACGAAAGGUGACCGCAAAUACUGCUAUCUACUAUGAUCCUGACCCUCAAAAUACGGUUAUUCCCGAAGAUCAAGAAUUCGUAAAUGUCUACUAUGAAAUGCCCGACUUUGAUCCGACACGGAUUUCACCUUGGCUGUUGCGUAUUGAGUUGGAUCGCAAACGCAUGACAGAUAAGAAAUUAACCAUGGAACAAAUCGCGGAAAAGAUCAAUGCUGGAUUUGGUGACGAUUUGAAUUGUAUUUUCAAUGAUGAUAAUGCUGAGAAGUUAGUGCUACGUAUACGCAUUAUGAAUAGCGAUGAUGGAAAGUUUACUGAUGGUGGGGAUGAGGAUGUUGAUAAGAUGGAUGAUGACAUGUUUUUGAGAUGUAUUGAAGCAAAUAUGUUAAGUGAUAUGACUUUACAGGGAAUUGAAGCAAUUGCUAAAGUGUACAUGCAUUUGCCUCAAACGGAUAGCAAAAAAAGAAUUGUUAUCACCGAAACUGGAGAGUUUAAGGCCAUAGCUGAAUGGUUGUUGGAAACUGACGGUACCAGUUUAAUGAAAGUACUUUCUGAAAGGGACGUUGAUCCAGUUCGUACUUUUUCUAAUGAUAUUUGUGAAAUUUUUUCGGUACUCGGUAUUGAGGCUGUACGUAAAUCGGUUGAAAAAGAAAUGAAUGCUGUACUGCAAUUUUAUGGGUUGUACGUAAAUUACCGCCAUCUGGCGUUGUUGUGCGACGUUAUGACUGCAAAAGGUCAUCUUAUGGCUAUUACUCGUCACGGCAUCAAUAGACAAGACACUGGUGCCCUUAUGAGAUGUUCCUUUGAAGAAACUGUUGACGUGCUUAUGGAUGCCGCAUCACAUGCCGAAGUAGAUCCAAUGAGAGGGGUAUCUGAAAAUAUUAUUAUGGGCCAGUUACCUAGAAUGGGUACAGGCUGUUUCGAUUUGCUAUUGGACGCCGAAAAAUGUAAAAUGGGAAUUCCAAUUCCUCAAACGAAUGGAGCCGAUAUAAUGAGUUCUGGAAUGUUCUUUGGAUCUGUAGCGACACCCAGUAUGAGCCCAGGGGGAGCAAUGACACCUUGGAAUCAAGCCGGUACUCCCUAUGUCGGAGGAAGUGCGUGGUCACCUCCAAAUAUGUUAGGUAGUGGAAUGACACCAGGAGGUCCAGCGUUUUCACCAUCAGCUGCUUCUGACGCAUCAGGCAUGUCUCCAGCAUAUGGAGCUUGGUCAUCUCCAACACCUCAAUCUCCGGCCAUGUCACCUUUCAUACCUUCACCUCGAGGAUCGUCUCCUUCAUACAGUCCAUCAAGCCCAGCAUAUCAACAGAUAGCCUCGCCAUCAAUGACCCCUGCAUCACCAGGUUACGCUACUAGUUCUCCAGGGUACACCCCGACAAGCCCACAUUACAGUCCUACCAGUCCCAAUUAUUCACCCACAAGUCCAAGCUACAGCCCUACAUCUCCUUCAUACUCUCCCACAAGUCCUAGUUAUUCGCCUACUUCUCCAAGUUACUCGCCAACCUCUCCAUCAUAUUCCCCUACCUCUCCUUCAUACAGCCCUACUUCACCAAGUUACUCUCCCACAUCUCCAAGUUAUUCUCCUACUUCACCAAGUUAUUCUCCUACUUCACCAAGUUAUUCACCCACUUCUCCCAGUUACUCACCAACUUCCCCCUCAUACAGUCCCACAUCUCCUAGUUACUCCCCAACAUCACCCAGUUAUUCACCUACCUCACCCAGUUACUCGCCAACAUCUCCCAGUUACUCUCCCUCAUCACCAAGAUAUUCACCAGCGUCACCCAGCUAUUCUCCCACCUCGCCUAGUUACUCUCCAUCAUCUCCCCAAUAUUCCCCCGCAUCACCAAGUUACUCGCCAUCGUCACCAAAAUAUUCACCGACGUCACCGAGCUACUCACCCUCCUCGCCAUCUUUUGCCGGAGGAAGCCCACAAUAUUCACCAACCUCUCCAAGCUACUCUCCCACGUCUCCGAGCUACUCGCCAUCAUCGCCACAGCACACACCUGCAGGUAGCUCGCGUUACUCCCCAUCGUCUCCGAACUACUCACCUACUUCACCAAGCUACUCACCAACAUCACCGCAAUACUCGCCCAACGCCAGCACCAAGUAUUCUCCAACCUCGCCGACCUACACGCCCACCUCCCCCAGUUACUCACCUGCUAGUCCCGUCUACUCUCCCGAACCUCCCAGAUAUUCUCCUUCGUCUCCCAGCUAUUCACCUACAAGUCCCGAAGGUGAACAUGAUUAAUUACAAAUUAAUAUAUAUUCGAUUAAUUUUUAUUAUAUCUAUUCAUAUUUGAAAAUUGUACAUAAGUUUAGAAGUUGCACCUCAGGAACAAUUCUUGAUUUUUAUUUUUGUAUCGAUUGAUAGUAAUGCUAAUUCAAAUUAAUACAAAAAAAAAUAAAAAAGUUUUAUGUUAUUGAUAUAAAAUAGUUAAAAAUAUGUUAAGUUAUGUAAAAUAGGUAUAAAUAAGGCAUUAUUUGUUUGUAUUUGCAUUGAAUGAAAUACAUUAUCAAUUAUGA